UGGAAACGAAUGGUUGACUAAACUCUAAUCAAAUGUUUUGAAUCACUAUUUCUUUUGCAAUCAUUUGUUUUGAUUUUGUCUGCAAAUUAAGACUCGCUUUCAUUGUUAUAACCAAUCAUUUGCCACACAAUCGGAUCAAUCAAUGCGUGUAUUAUUGGUAACAAUGACUCAAAGCAUGGCUUAAACUAUUGUUUUACGCAUUGUUUUUGUCACACAUUUUCAUUGAUGUAAACAUUUUUCGGACAGUAUUGCUUAUGGUUUUGGCCGAAGAAGUAAUGGAUUAGCGGAGGAAUGAAGACUAAAAAGCUAUUGAAUUCAAACCAAUCGCGUGUCGUCACCAACAAUGAGAACUCCAAGAGUGUUGUCGACGAUCUCUUGUCGCCACUUCUUCUGCAGACGGAUCUCAUUGAUGGUGACGUCGAUGAUAGCCGACCAACGGUUGAGCCCAUUAUUGAGGCCAACUGUAGGACAGAUGACAUUCUCGGGGCCGACACCGAGUCGACUGUAAAUGAGGACCAAAUCCUAAGCCAUAUG